CUCCAAAUCAUAAUACUCCACUCCUCUCCACCUUGUCACUCUAGAGUCGGCGGACUUCCUCUGUCCCUUCUGCCUUUACUCCCUUCACCGAAUUCCCCAAACCCCAGCUCGCCGCCGCCCGCAUUGCGACGCCGGCCCCGGAAUACGAGGACCCGUCGCGUCGUCUCAGAUCCAACUCGGAGCCUUCCCCGCCGGGGCCGCCGACCAGAGCUUUUCCCCGCAAGAAAUGGCGCCAUUCGAGCGGGUUCUUGGGAAGACGCUUCUUCGCUAGGACCGCAGCAGGGGGCUGUGAUGGAGAGCGCCUCCAAUGAGGAGAUGCUGCCCCCGGCGCUGCCUCUGGCGACGCUGAUCGGCCGCGAGCUCCGCGGCGGCGGCUCCGAGCGCCCGCUCGUGCGGUACGGCCACUCUGGCUUCGCCAAGCGCGGCGAGGACUACUUCCUGGUCAAGCCCGACUGCCUCCGCAUCCCCGGCGACCCUUCCUCGGCCUUUUCCGUCUUCGCGGUGUUCGACGGUCACAAUGGCGUGUCCGCGGCGGUGUUCAGCAAGGAGCACUUGCUCGACGACGUGAUGAGCGCCGUGCCGCAGGGUAUCAGCCGCGAGGACUGGCUGCAGGUGCUGCCGCGCGCGCUUGUGGCAGGCUUCGUCAAGACAGACAUUGACUUCCAGCGCAAGGGGGAAAUGUCAGGGACGACGGCGACGUUGGUCGUCAUCGAUGGAUUCACCGUGACUGUGGCGUCAGUCGGAGACUCCAGGUGCAUCCUUGACACUCAAGGUGGUGUGGUCUCUCUGCUAACCGUUGACCACAGGCUAGAGGAGAAUGUAGAGGAGCGGGAACGUGUCACGGCGAGUGGAGGGGAGGUCAGCCGGCUGAACCUCUGCGGUGGACAGCAGGUUGGCCCUCUCCGAUGCUGGCCAGGUGGACUGUGCCUUUCAAGAUCAAUUGGGGACACCGAUGUUGGGGAGUUCAUCGUGCCAAUUCCACAUGUCAAGCAAGUGAAGCUAUCCAAUGCUGGAGGGAGGCUAAUAAUUGCAUCAGAUGGAAUAUGGGAUGCAGUGUCCUCAGAGAUUGCAGCGCAGGCGUGCAGAGGUUUGCCUGCGGAAUUGGCUGCAAAGCUUGUUGUUAAGCAAGCUCUAAAGACAACUGGAUUGAAAGAUGAUACAACUUGUGUAGUUGUUGAUAUCAUCCCAUCUGAUCAUUGUUCAACACCACCGCCGUCGUCUCCAAAGCAAAAUCAGAGCAAGUUGAGGUCUCUUCUUUUUGGUAGGAGGUCCCAUAGCUCUGUUGGAAAGCUUGGUAACAAAAAAAAGUCUGCUUCAUUUGGAUUUGUGGAGGAAUUAUUUGAAGAAGGCUCUGCAUCGUUGGAAGAAAGGUUGGGUAGGAAUUCCCUGUCAAAAGCAAAUUUGCCCCCAUUUCGCUGUGCAAUCUGUCAAGUGGACCAAGUGCCAUUCGAAGAUUUAAUAACAGAUAAUGGGGGAGGUUACUGCUCUGCCCCGUCAACACCAUCGAGCUGUCCUUAUCUUUGUUCCGGCUGUAGAAAAAAGAAGGAUGCAAUGGAAGGUAAAAGAUCUAAUCGCUCGACUGCAUGCACUUGAAAGUACCAAUAGCACUGACUGGUGCUCGUCCAUGAGAACUAGUAUUCUGGUUCAGUUUUUCUGCUCUAUGUGAAAAGAGGAGAGAAUAAACUGUUUGUCACUGGAUCGAAGAAUUAUUUGGGUGAAACUAACUGUGUUCUGGCCUGAACUGAACAAAUUGGGCCGCUAACAAGCUUGUUGUCUAUCAAGAGCGGUGAUGAAAUUUCCAUUUGCUCUGAGAAGAUAGCUCCCUGAAAUUCAGCACUAGGUUUUUCUCUGUACCUUAGCCUGUAAAGUGAAAUUACUAGCUUAAAAAUGUUUCAGGAAGCAACGGCAAGACUCCUCCUUGCUGUUUUGAAAUGUACCUUGUAUGGAACCGAACUGACUAAUGUUUGAUGCUAUCCUUAUCGAA